GAUGGUGGCUCCGGCGUCCCCUCAGUGAGGUCGCGCGCAUUCGCACCGCCUCCGCCCGCAAGAAAGAUGGCAGCGGCCUGAUCCGGGUCCGUUGACGGCGUCACGGGCGCUUCGCUCCGGUCCUCGGAUCCCGGGCGCGGGGAGGCAGGCCGGUGAGUGAGGGGCCCGGGACGGCCGUUGCAGGCGCUGGGCCAAGUGUCCACGCCGGCCGGACGGCGAGGACGGGUCUGGAGGCCGCCGCCGUCUCCCCCCCUGGGCUGGGGCAUCGUCCGUCCGCUCGGCCUCGAGCCCGGGCAAGACUUCGCCGCUACCGGGGCUUCCGGGACUCCGGGGGUCAGGGACGGGCCGGCGACGCGGGCCUCUCCGGUCGCCGGCACGUCUGAUCUUCUGUUGGCCAAAACCUACUAGUGCCACCGCGAAACGGAGGCCAAGGGAGUCUGGCUGGACUCGCGUUUAUCGGCGAGGCGACCUUGGACAAGCUGUCGCUCUUCCCUGCGCCUCCGCUUCCGCUUCUGAACCUCGUGGACCCUCAUCCCCACUUAGUAGGAUUUGGAGAUGUGAAGUCGGCUGCGUGGAGCCCUUGGUGUCUUGUCUGGCUCAGAGGCGGUGUCAUGAACCCUGUGGAGCUUUUGGAAUCUAACCGUGUGUGUUAACCGCCGGAAAUAGCCGCGUUCCACCCGAGCUGAAGCCCGGGGAUGGCGGAGACAUAGCGUCUCUGCCUGAGCUGUUCACCACGUCCGCUUCGCAAGGACCGUGAGCUGCUCGUCCCAGCCUGUAGCUGUCCUGGGGACACAGCCCUCUGUGGUGCCUGGGGCUUGGAUUGGAGCCAGGACCUCACUUCCUCCUCUGCCCCUGCCCCUCCCAGCACCUGGCCCACACCCUGCAGCCCACCCCAUGGUCUGGUCCUGGGUGGCGAUGGCGUCCAGGUGGGGUCCCCUCAUCGCCCUGGCUCCACGCUGCCUCUGGCUCCUGGGGGCGGUCCUUCUGAUGGAUGCGUCAGCACGGCCUGCCAACCACUCGUCCACUCGAGAGAGAGCGGCCAACGGGGAGGACAACGAGAUCCUGCCCCCGGACCACCUGAACGGGGUGAAGCUGGAGAUGGACGGGCACCUCAAUCGGGGCUUCCACCAGGAGGUCUUCCUAGGCAAGGACCUGGGGGGCUUUGAUGAGGACGUGGAGCCGCGGCGGAGCCGGAGGAAGCUGAUGGUCAUCUUCUCCAAGGUGGACGUGAACACCGACCGGAAGAUCAGUGCCAAGGAGAUGCAGCGCUGGAUCAUGGAGAAGACGGCCGAGCACUUCCAGGAGGCCAUGGAGGAGAGCAAGACACACUUCCGUGCCGUGGACCCCGAUGGGGACGGCCACGUGUCGUGGGACGAGUAUAAGGUGAAGUUUUUGGCGAGUAAAGGCCACAGCGAGAAGGAGGUUGCUGACGCCAUCAGGCUUAACGAGGAGCUCAAAGUGGACGAGGAAACACAGGAAGUCCUGGAGAACCUGAAGGACCGCUGGUACCAGGCGGACAGCCCCCCCGCGGACCUGCUGCUGACGGAGGAGGAGUUCCUGUCGUUCCUCCACCCCGAGCACAGCCGGGGGAUGCUCAGGUUCAUGGUGAAGGAGAUCGUCCGGGACCUGGGUGAGGCUGGGUCCAGCCUGGCUGGCGCGCCAGGGCCCGGGGACCAACCGCAGGGGCCGGGCAUCGCCGGGAAGUCGGGUCAGGUCCUGCGGGAGCCCCAGCCUGGGUGUGGGCUGAUCCAUUCCCGUCUCGCAGACCAGGACGGUGACAAGCAGCUCUCUCUGCCUGAGUUCGUCUCCCUGCCCGUGGGUACCGUGGAGAACCAGCAGGGCCAGGACAUUGAUGACAACUGGGUGAGAGACAGAAAAAAGGAGUUUGAGGAGCUCAUUGACUCCAAUCACGACGGCAUCGUGACGGCAGAGGAGCUGGAGAGCUACAUGGACCCCAUGAACGAGUACAAUGCCCUGAACGAGGCCAAGCAGAUGAUCGCGGUCGCCGACGAGAACCAGAACCACCACCUGGAGCCCGAGGAGGUGCUCAAGUACAGCGAGUUCUUCACGGGCAGCAAGCUGGUGGACUACGCGCGCAGCGUGCACGAGGAGUUCUGAGCGCCCAGCCGCGCCCCGUGCCGCCCCCCACGCACCACCGGGGCAGCCCCGCGGGUGACUCCAGGCUCCGUGGCUGUCCCGGACCCCAGCCCCUCCCUGCCACCCACCAGCGGCCAACCGUGGCCGCCCCAGUUGAUCAGCGAUGCGUCCCCCCACAGCGUGCACCCCCGCAAGGCUCAGCGAGGCGUCCCCUCCGCAGCGCGCACCCCGGCGAGGCUUCUGCUGUGAUGCGGCCGGGGUGCGGGGCUGGGCUGCGGCUCUGCGUCGCCGCCUCCUCCCUGGUCCCUCGAAAUCGCUGCAUCUCACUUCUGAGAACGAAAUCUCGCUUCAGUCACUCUGCCGAAGGCGCUGACCGCAUCGCGGCCGGAACCUCUGGGCCCGGCCCCUCCCAGGGCCACCGCUCCGUGGGAAAUAACAGCUUCUCCAUUUCCUUGAAAACUGAACGAUUAUUAAAAAUAGAUUAAACUUCGCUGGAAAUGAGUAGCCAGGAAGUUCAGGGGAGGGCGCCUGGUCCUUGCCGGCCUGGCAGGUUGGAGCCACUCAGGUCCCACAGCUGCCACCGAGAAAAUGCGAAUAUUUGUUGUGACAAGAAUCACAUUAAUUUACUGUAAACAUAGUUGCCUUUUUUGGUCAGCUUCA